AAACUGUUACCAGCUUACUUUGAUCCGUGGAAUGAUCUGGCAACAUCACUUCCCAUUUUAUUUAAAGAAAAAACAUUUAGACAGGCCGUAGACAGGCUGCCUCUUUUAGACCAUAAUAAGCUCACUGGACAUCAUCAGCUGAGGCUUGCCCACCUUCAACUGGCUCUGAUCACUUGUGGUUAUGUGUGGCAGAACGGAGAAGCUGGGGUGGUAAAA